UAAAGAGAACAGACCAUCGCAGAAUGACUGGCCCUGUGGAGAUGUCUGCGAAAUGGAGAAGAUCAAGAGGCCAUCGCGGGUCGCACGAGCUUCUUUCCGCCUCAGGCUGCCAACGUGGACUGACGGUGCUAGGCAGAGCUAUUCUGAGUUUUGAUCAAACUACUUUUACCUCCACUAUUCCAACUUCGAAACCUGGAAGAAUGGAUGAUGCGAGAUAUUAAUCGCUCGUCCCCCUUCACGUACGGACGUAUUGCCCGGUGGCUCUUUCUCCAAUAAUCGAUGGGGCUCUCGAAGAUGCUUGCACUGUAUAACGGGUUGGGGUUUGAAUUCUCUCAUAUGUUGAGUAAAAUCACAUUCUAUCUAUUGACGCCAUCUAUGUAACAUACCCGUUCUCUCAAACACCAAUAUGUGCAGGAACCAAAUGAAUACAAUGGACAAUCUAUGAACCGAAAUCAUCUCAGAAAGCAGGUCAUGAGCGUGCCGUAUGUCUGUUUCAAAUAUACCAUGGCACAUCAAGUCGUCAAUCU